AACAUGACAACUUGUAUAUAUUGUACAGGUAAUGACUUUAUUGUUAAUCAAAUUGUUGAUGUUGCUGGGGAUUACAAACAGUGGAGAAAGUGAAAUCUUUAUAUAACACCCAUUCAUAAUUCCAACAUUCUUUCACUACCAUUACAAUAAAUAAGUAAAAUUAUAGCCAAGUGAAAUUAUUGUAAACCCUUAUGAGUGGGCAGUUUGUAGGUUCAGUAUGAUGUACUAGGUAUGCGCAGGAGAUGAUGACUAUUUACUCCAACCACUAGAUGGAGACUAGUUUACCAAGUGUAAAUCCAUGUGCAGUGUAAUAAUCUCCAGCUAUACAGAGUCACAGUGAGAAAGAGCAGUGAAGUGAUGCUACAGCAUCAAACAGCCAAACAAGGCAGAGGAGAGAGGACAUCAGUGAGACUGUAGAGACAGAGUGAGACAAGAGAGCGUGGCAGUUUGAUUCAGUCACCGAUCAGAUUAUUGAUUAUGGGAAUGAUGAGCACAUCAGUGGCCUUUCUUCUUCACAUGGCUGCCUCCCUGGCGGCCCCUAUGCCAUGUGAGGAGAAGGUGGUCCGUGUGGAAGCGGAGAUCCAGGGACUGAUGAACGUGAUCAACGACCAGCAUCGCUACAUCCAGGAGCUCCACAACAGGCAGGCCCAGCAGCUGGAGCGCAUACCCACCUCACACCUAGUCCCUGAUAACCUGUACAGAGACUGCUCCGAGGUGUUUGCAGAUGGUAACGUGGCCAGUGGGCUGUAUGUGAUUCGUCCAGAUGGCUCUCCCACUGCACUGAGUGUCUACUGUGACAUGAACAAGGGAGGAGGAUGGACCGUCUUCCAGAGGAGGAGAGACGGCAAAGAGAGCUUUGACAGAGCGUGGGUUGAGUACAAGCAUGGAUUUGGAGACCUCUACUCCCCGGAUAGAGAAUUCUGGCUGGGCAAUGAACCUCUACACUAUCUCACCUCACAAGGAAACUACAGCUUGCGGAUCGACAUGGAGGACUUUGAGGGUAAUCAGCGCUAUGCAGAGUACAAGAACUUCAAAGUGGACGAUGAAAAGGAUGAGUACCAGUUACAUUUGGGAGAGUACAGUGGGAAUGCAGGGGACGCCCUGGCUGACGUCCAUGGCCCCCCUUCUGCUGGGCAGAAAUGGACCGGUCCAGGCUUGGGGUCAAGUGGGGUCAGAUUCAGCACCUACGACCAGCUGCAGGACAGCGAUGCUGAAAACAACGACACCAGGUGUAUCAGACACAGCAAGUCAGGCUGGUGGUUUAGCAGGUGUGAUUCAGGCAACCUGAACGGUCAUUACUACAAAGGACCAUACCAAGCGAUGACCGAUGAUGGGGUGGUGUGGUACACAUGGCAUGGUUGGUGGUACUCCAUCAAAUCCGUGGUCAUGAUGGUGCGAGCCACUGAGUAUCUGCCGUCUCAUCGCCCUGUUACCGGGACAACUCGACCCCAGCAAAGCGGCAGGCGACAUCGUUGAUCUUCCUCAUGGCCAAUAGGCUGAAAGCAAGUGUGGAAGCAACAUGUCUCCUUACUGGAGCUGAAAAGCUUUCCUGUUUUUAUUAUUUUCUUUUUUUUUUACAUAUUUAACUUAAUUCACAUCUGUUACAGGGUACAAACUGGGUAAAGUCAGUGUCAUCUCACUUAAGCUUUUCCCUUAUUCCUACUGUUUGACGUUUUCAAAAAUGUGUACCAUUGAAUUUAUUUUAAUAUUUGAAAUAAAACAAUGUUGCUUUAA